AUGAGCCACAGCAAGAGCAACGGAACGCCCCAUGGCGUCCUCCAUGAUGAGGUGGACGUGGAUGAAAUGAUAGUGGGCAACGUAAGUGACAGUCCUCUUCGAACGCUCCGUUGCCCGAACAACUUGAGCAGCAGUGCCAUGUCGAGUGUAUCCUUUCGGCAUUCGCAACUGUCCGUCAUGAGUCAUGAUGUCCAAGACAUUCUAGAAGAAGACGAAGAUGAUGAUGUCGAAGAAGGCACUGCUACUGUCCAGAAGCAGCCCAAAGAUCUUCAGUCAGUCUGCAGCAAAGGCACCGCCCUGACAGCCAGCACCUUGGCGUCUGGUGGCUCGGCAUUUGCCCGUGUCGAAAAGGGCGGAUCCUUGCCUUCGUCUUCCACUGCCAGUCGAUGGUUCCCCUUUCGCAAUCCGUUUGCUGCCAACACAAGGGCUCAAGCCGGUGCCGCCAAACGAGCUCAAGCGCACAAGCACACUCGUCAAUCCUUUCACCUCAAUACGCUCAAUACGCUCAACGAAGGAGAGGAAGCGACCGAAAUCACGGAUGAAAGCGGAACACUUAUCAUUGCCCUUGUCGUUGUGUACUUUACCGGACAAAUGGACAGCUUCCUCCCAUCGCCCACCACCAAAGAUCAGGCAAGACGGUCUCUUACACCCAUUCAAGUAGAAACAAGAAUCCGAGAGUCCUUGCCCUCCUACUCGCUUGUGGCCCUGCAAGAUCCCAACAGUCCGCAAGCCCAUGCCAUGUCGUGGAUGCGAACCCAUCCGUCACUUCUAGACGGUAUGGACGACUAUCCUGAAUGGCGCAUCCUUCAAGUCUUUGCCAUGGCCACCUUUUAUCAUGCCUUUCAAGGUGAUUCAUGGCCCAAGCGCCAAAAGAAGGAUUGGCUCUCCUACGACGUGCAGGAGUGCAACUGGGGCGAUGAAGGUGUGGCAGUGCAAGGAGGUCGACUCAAGGACCUCAAUCUCGAUUGGUUGGUCGGAUACGGUGCCCCCACCAACAUUGUCCCCAUUACGGCGUUCGACGACAUGGCUUUGCCACGUGAGAUGGAGUUCCUCACCGAGCUCGAGACAUUGGGCAUUUUGAAUUGCGGUGUCUCCGCCGAUCUCUCCGACAUGCUUCCCACACAACUCCUACAGCUCACCAACCUGCGACGAUUGUCUCUUGGAGACAAUAACUUUCGAGGCAGCAUACCAACCCAUGUUGGUGCCAUGACAUCCCUCCAACACUUGAGCUUUGGAAACAACCUUCUGACUGGGAACAUCCCAUCAUCACUGGGUUUGCUCUCCACCAACUUGCAAGAACUCAUGCUGUUUGGCAAUGGACUCUCCUCCACGCUGCCCACAGAGCUGGCCAAUCUGGCACAGCUGACGGGCCUUUCCGUCAUUGGCAAUGACAUUACCGGCACCAUUCCCAGUCAACUGGCGAGUCUGUCGCAGUUGGAAUGGUUGUACCUGGAAAACAACAGUGGCAUUGUGGGAUCCGUUCCUUCCGUCAUUUGCGAAUUGCCGUUUCUUUCAUCCGUCUUGGUGGAUUGCACCGUCGAUUGUGGCACUUGUGCCCAAGACGUGUGUGAAUGUCUUCAAGAAUAA